GUGAAAAAAUUCCUAAAUAUGAACAAACCCAUUUUUGAAAUGUCAAAUUGACAACUAGAAUACCAGAUUUUCUUGAUAGAUUCCAAACGAGUAAAAGAACUUCAAAAUGAUUGCAAGCUGCGCCACAAAAGGUUUAAGCAUACUUCGCACCGGCAUUAAAACAAUCACAACUUCGGCUGUGAGCAGGAGUGAUCAUCUGUUCGUUCAUCGGGAUACGCCAGAGGACAAUCCUGAUAUUGUAUUUGAAUUUACCGAAGACAACAAGAAGAGAGUAAAUGCUAUUCUCAGUAUCUAUCCAGAAGGUCACAAGCGUGGAGCAAUGAUUCCAUUGUUGGACUUGGCUCAGAGACAACAUGGUUGGUUGCCAAUUUCGGCUAUGCACAAGGUAGCCGAAAUUCUAGAUUUGCCAAAUAUGCGUGUAUACGAAGUGGCUACUUUCUACACCAUGUUUAUGAGGCAACCCACUGGACAGUAUCAUUUGCAAGUGUGCACAACAACACCUUGCUGGUUACGUGGAUCUGAUGAAAUUUUGAAUGUUUGCAAGAACAAACUGGGAAUCAAUCCUGGAGAAACUACAAAAGACAGGAAAUUUACUCUGUCUGAAGUCGAGUGCCUGGGAGCUUGUGUGAAUGCACCAAUGCUUGCUGUUAAUGACGAUUACUUCGAAGAUCUAACAGCCAAAGACAUGGAGAACAUCCUCGAGGACUGCAAAGCAGGUAGAAUUUCCAAACCAGGUCCAAGGAAUGGACGUUUUGCUUCAGAACCAAAAGGAUCUCUAACCUCACUUACAGAAGAACCAAAAGGUCCUGGUUUCGGACUUCAACCAGCUUUGGCUUAGAACAGAAUUUAGAAUGUCUUUGAUUUGAUAAUGAUUGCGUCAAAAUAAAAAAAAAGAAUACGUUUUGAACAUCAAAAA